AUGAAAAAGUCCACCAUUAUUCUCGCAACGAGUCUUUUAGCCUUAUCCUCACUCGUAUCAGCUGACAUAUACCUAAAAGAAACUUUUUCCGACGCUGAUUGGGAAAAGCGUUGGAUUUAUCCUGAGAAAAGUGAUAAUCUUGGUAAGUUUAAAGUAUCCGCAGGAGUAUUUUAUGCGGAUGAAAUAGAAUCUCGCGUCAUUCAAUUCUCGGUCAAACAUGAACAAAACAUUGAUUGUGGUGGUGGAUAUAUUAAACUUAUGCCUCCAACUUUUGAUGCUUUAAAAUUCAAUGGAGAUUCAAUAUACAAUAUCAUGUUUGGGCCCGACAUAUGUGGACCCACUAAACAAAGAGUUCACGUGAUUUUGCACAACAAGUACCACAAAGGAAAAGAUAAAAAUAAACAAAUUAAAAAGACGAUCGUUGCACCCGCGGAUCAGUUAACACAUUUGUAUACUUUAAUAUUAAAACCGGAUCAAACAUAUGAAGUUUUAAUUGAUAAUAAAGUCGAAGCUUCUGGAAAGUUGGAAGAAGACUUUGAUCUUUUUCCACCUAAAGAGAUUGAAGAUCCCAAUGCUAAAAAGCCAGAGGAUUGGGUUGAUUUGGUCGAAAUUCCUGAUCCAAAUGAUACAAAACCGCUUGAUUGGGUAGAUGGUCCAUCUACUAUACCUGACCCAAGUGCCAAGAGAUCUGAGGAUUGGGAUGAUGAAAUGGAUGGAGAUUGGGAACCACCACAAAUCCCUAAUCCAGAUUUUAAAGGAGAAUGGAAACAAAAAACAAUACCAAAUCCAGAUUAUAAAGGCAAAUGGACUCCUCCUUUGAUUCCAAAUCCUGAAUAUAAAUCAGAACCUUUAAUUCAUGCUUACAAGUCGGCUUAUAUCGGAUUUGAUUUAUGGCAAGUUAAAUCUGGUUCAAUAUUUGACAAUAUCUUAAUUACCGAUGAUGUUGAAUCAGCAAAAGCUUUUGCCGAAGAAACUUUUGUAAAAUUCCAUCCAGAUUCAAAAAAUGAUCUCCCACCAAUCGUUGAACAAGAUAAAGAUAAGAUUAAAGUCAGGGAUGAAGAAGAGACUUUAUCAGAUUCAGCAUCAUCAUCCGUUUCAGAAGAAACUCCCUCACCAUCCGCAUCAUCACAAACUAAACAAGGCAAAGAUGAAUUUGAUAAAUUAUUUGAAGAUUUAGAAGCAGAAAUAGAAGAACCACCAAAGAGAGAUGAAUUAUAA